AUGAACAUCAAGAAGCCUGCACGUGAUCUGUUUAAAGUUUAUAAUAGAGUGGGCGAUAAUAAGAGAAAGAUGGAUCCUGAAAGCCUUGCUCCAGAGAUAGCUGCAGAGCCUGAAACUACAGUGGUCACAGUGGAUAUAUCUGAUACUCUGACAGAUCUAGAUUCUCAGCAAACCGUUGUAACCUUGGAAGACGUGUCUGGUGAUUCCCAAUUGGAGCCCACCAUCAACUACCUCUCCGACAUUGUAUCCAGCUUUAUUCAGAAGUUCAUGUGUGAACAUUGUGGGAAGCAAUUCAAACAGUCUGGACACCUCAAAUCCCACCUCCGAACACACACUGGAGAAAGACCGUUUUCGUGCGAAAUAUGUAACAAAAAGUUUCGUCAAAGUGGACACCUAAGAGUACACUCCCUCACGCACUCAGAAGAGAAGAAAUUCACCUGCCCAUUUUGCAACAAGUCGUACUGCUCUGCCGGGAGUCUACAAGUUCAUCAACGUACACACACGGGCGUGAAGCCCCACAAAUGUGAUCACUGCGACAAAGAGUUUGUGCAACGUUCUCAUCUGAAAGCACACACGCGUAAACACACCGGAGAGAAACCUUACAAGUGUUCCCACUGCAACAAAACUUUUACACAACAAUCACAUCUUGUGGUACAUCUUCGAAUGCAUACUGGAGCUAAACCUUUCGCCUGCAAUCAAUGUAGCAAGUCUUUUUCGCAAUCGACCAACUUAGAGACCCACAAACGAAUCCACACCGGUGAAAAACCGUACAUCUGUUCUGACCAAAGCUGUAACAAAACUUUUGCCUCUAAGGGUCAACUUCAAUCCCAUCUACUUGUGCAUACCACUGAAAGAGCCUACAGAUGUGAGUCCUGCAAUAAACAGUUUCGAUCGUCAGCUCAUCUUCGUCGACAUGCUCUCAUACAUACAAAAGAGAAGCCCUUCUCUUGUCAAGUUUGCGAUCGAACCUUCACUCAGUCAGGCCACCUCAAGCGUCACAUGGCCACUCACAGUGAGGACAUAACCAAAAGACUGGUGGACACUAUUGCCAAUAUACUGGUGCAGAACGUGACUGAGCUGGACCUACAAGCGAGUGAGGAUGAAACAAACUCUGGCGUAGAACGUGUGAGCAGUGAAGCUGUGACUGAUGUGAAAGGUGUGAGCAGUGAAGCGAUGGAGGGUGUGAACAGUGAAGCUGUGACUAAUGUGGAGGGUGUGAGCAGUGAAGCGAUGGAGGGUGUGAACAGUGGAGCUGUGACUAAUGUGGAGGGUAUGAGCAGUGGAGCUGUGACUAAUGUGGCGGGUGUGAGCAGUGAAGCGAUAGAGGGCGUGAGCAGUGAAGUGGAGACAGUGAUUAUUGAUGGAGGGACGGCUCAUGUUGCACUUGAGCCAGAGGCUGUUGCUAUGGAGUCUGAACCUGUUCUAAUAGAGACUGAAACUAUUACCAUUGGAACUGAAAAUUGUUCUGUAGUUACUUCAAACUAGAUCCGUAUGUACCAAAUUUUUAGUAUUAAUGAUGAUG